UUCCGAAGACCAUUGUUCAAAGCCUACCCUAGCAGAGACUGUUCGCUCUAAGAAGAUCGGUAUACUACCGCAUAAUUUCCCAGAGGGCAUUUGGUCCAAUGAGGAAAUUGGCAAGGUGCAGAAAUGCAUCCUCGACAAGAUGUACGAAACUUGUCGAGCUCCUGGGGUGAAGCCUCAUUUCGCCGGUUACAGUCUAAAGCCCGGAUGGUUUACCAUUAACUGUCUGGACGACGAGACUGUAACUUGGUCUAAAGAGACAAUCCCAGCCUUGAAGCCGUGGGAAGGAGCCCAGCUGAAGGUAGUGGACGAGGCAGAAGUGCCAAAGUCUGAAAUCUAUGUUGGCUACUUCCCAGGCUCAGCUUCCUGGCAAAGCGACCGUAUUCUGGGACAAAUUGAGUGCCAAAAUUCGGGCAUGCGUGUCAGGGACUGGCGGGUACUCCACAGGCUCAAUAAGGGCGAUAUCGUCGAGAUGGCGAUUGCUCUGGAUCCUAUGUCGUCCGAAAUGGUCGGAAAGCUGGGCAAUAAAGUCUUCUAUGGACUUAGCAGUGCCGUGCUGAGACCAAGAUAUAAAGGAAACAGAGCAAAGGAAGUGGUUGAAGAUGAGCGACCAACAACAUCUGCGGCUUGUGCUCAGUCAAGCAACCAGAAGCCGAAAACGGGUCUCAAUUCCGGGGGACCACCCUUGAGAGGGGGCAGAAUCCGUGCCCAGGGCCGAAAACCUUCCGCUCUCUCUGGUCGUCUGAGGAAAUGGGAAAGAAAAGACCCGGAGGCCGCGGAAUUGCUGCGCGGUACGAAGGGCGGCAAGGUCCGCAAGGGCCAGUCUGGGAUAUAAUGUCCCGGACUCCGCCACAUCCGCAAAACUCUUGGAGGCAACUUCAUUGCCUCCAAAUCAACCUCCACCGGGCUAUAGCAGCUUCAUACAGGCUCAGUGCCCUGGUGGAACAACACUGUCUGGAUUUUGUGGCCAUCCAAGAACCAUGGGCCACAAAGGGGCGCAUAAACGGUCUACAGACAAAAACGUAGCUCAUACAGCGUGAUCUGGUGGCGGUACAGGCAGAAGUGCCUAGUACUAGGGGGACGAGAAUAAUAGUUUUUGCAUCUCUGUACCUCCCUGGCGACGCAGAGGAAGCGGUGUCUCUCGAGCUCCAGCAGCUUACAGAAUACUGCCGUAUCCGAAACCUACAGUGGGUAAUGUGCUGCGACGCCAACGCACACCAUACAGUAUGGGGAAGCACAGACAUCAAUACACGAGGUGAGUCACUUUUUGAUUAUAUCACAACUAACAAUUUAAUGGUAGUUAAUAAAGGUAACGAACCUACUUUUGUAAAUGCGAUAAGGGAAGAGGUAUUAGAUCUCA